AUGCCUAAAAACGCUACCACUACACUUAUUCUGGUGACGGGCAUGCUCGUAUCAGGUGUCUGUAAUACUAUACUGAACAAAUUCCAAGACAUGCAAUGUGUUGGCAAUUGCGAUGAUCCGAACCCAAAAAAUCGGCACUAUUUUGAACAACCUAUCUGGCAAACUUUAAAUAUGUUUGUAGGUGAGUUCGCUGUAUGGAUCGUCUAUCUAUAUCAACUAUAUCAGGAAAAGCAACAACAACGGGUAAGUAAAUAUCAAAAGGUACCAGCGGCGGUACCUCCACCCUCAGCCCUGAACCAAUUGGAUGCUGCGAGCGUAGUCGAUGAAGUAAACCAAGAGCACGUAAAAAUUGUUGAUGAGGAUCUUCCAGAAUUGAAAGGGUGGAAAGCUCUUCUAUUUUGGAUUCCUACUUUAUGUGAUUUAACGGCGACAACCGUAAUGAAUGUGGGUUUAAUUCUUACAUCAGCUAGUGUAUAUCAGAUGUUAAGGGGUGCUGUAGUGAUAUUCACCGGUGUAUUCAGUUAUAUGUUCUUGAAGCGCCGUCUACGCUUAUACGAAUGGUUUUCAUUAACAAUGGUCGUUGUUGGUGUCGGUAUUGUUGGUCUUUCUUCUGUGUUAGUGCCUCAAAAGAAGCCCAAAGAUGUCGUCUUUGAUGGUGAAAAUACUGAUACAUCAUCCUCACUCGACUUUGCUUCUCUUUUGGGUGUGUGUUUGGUCCUUGGAGCCCAACUUUUUACCGCAUCUCAAUUUGUAAUUGAAGAGAAGAUCCUGAGCCGUUAUCGUAUUACGCCCUUAAAAGCAGUAGGUUUUGAAGGCUCCUUUGGUCUUAUAUCAGUAUUAGCCGCCAUGCCCAUCCUUCACAUUACUUUGAGUAAAACACAUCCAUCUUUUGAUAUGGUGCAAGGCUUCCAUGAUUUCUUUGAUCAUGCUCUUGUUUGGCAAACUGGUUUGGCUAUUAGCAUUUCUAUUGCUUUCUUCAACUGGUUUGGGCUGUCCAUAACUUCUGCAGUAUCAGCUACUGCUAGAAGCACUAUUGAUGCUUGUCGAACUUUAUUUAUUUGGAUGGUGUCCUUGUAUUUGGGCUGGGAACAUUUCUCUUGGAUUCAAGUGGUUGGUUUUAUUGUGUUAGUGAUAGGUACAUUCUACUUCAAUGGUGUUCUCAAAUGGCCUUUCAUCACCAAUGAAGAAGCAGAAAACGAGGGUGAGAGAAGACCAUUGUUAUUGUCUAACGAACAAUAA